UAUUUUGAGAAACAACCGGAUGAUAUGAGUUUGCUGAAAAUUUUAUCGGGUCGUCAAUUGUUGUCUUACCCUAUGAGAUUCUCCUCUAACGGCAACAUCAAAGAUACUAGUGCGUCCGUCAAAACCGAAACAGAUUCCAAUAAGAGCGAAGAAGGGAAUAAAUCUGCCAAGGAAAUCGAGAAACAGAGUGAAAUUAACGGGCCUAAAGGGCCUGAACCUACGCGGUACGGAGACUGGGAAAGGAAAGGGCGGUGCAUUGACUUCUGAAAUGAGAAGUCUUCAACAAACAAUAUGCACCAUAUUUGAAAAAAGGACAGCUUUUCUGAGUAUGUAUUAGCACGCAUGGCGACACCUCCUGAAUUCUCCCUUUUUGAGUGGUUCUUCACUGUGGAUCACAAAGUAAAACCUGGCAUCGAAGCUAGAGCCGAAAAACCCAAUCUAGCCGAAAUAACCUAUUCUUGUCUCGACGAUCAACACACUCCCCAAUUCCUGAGUCGGUUGCGCAACAUUGCCACAGAGUUGACAGUACCUUUCGAGGUGAACCACCAGCCAAAAAUACUGCACAGUGUAUGGGCGGCCAGCUCCCAGCUGGAGUUUUUCUACUUCGAAAAUGACGACAAAGAAGAAGACAUUUUGUACGUGGCCUGUCUUUUGCAUUGGAACUCGCUCACUAUCCAAGGAAUCAUCAGUCGGAAACCUUGUUUCGGAGAGUUCCAAGAAAUCCUACAACAGAUUGCGCAUUUGAAGCCCAGUCGUGAAAACCUGACUAAAUUAGUGAAUGGCUUGUACCAUUGUUGCAAAUUCAGCCAUAUAGAUAUAUACAGCUUUUCAAGUUCAGCCUUGCCGUCUUUCUCUGUCAAAAAUAAAAAAUACAAGUUGGAAGAUAUCGCAUUAGCCGAAUUGUUCACGAAUCUUGACCUAUACGACAUCAUUGACCUGCUCUGCGUACUCCUGGUGGAAGGUAAUGUGUAUGUGACGAGUAACAAGCUAAACAAGAUCUCCAGUGCAAUAUUCCUCAUCACCAGACUUAUCAGACCAUUCCAAUGGCAACAAAUCAAAAUUCCACUUCUGAGCCCGAACAUGCUGCAAAUAUGCAGUGCUCCCCUCCCGUGUAUUAUUGGAAUCCACGACUCCAUAUUUGAAAAAGCUAAGAACGAAAUAAUUGAGACGAAUCUAGAGAAUGCGCCAGAUAAAAACAACACCGGCUACUAUGUAUUAGUUAACUUGGACGACCCAGAUAAGUCGGCCAGAUUCACUCGACUGGACAACAUGCACAACAGGGAGACUAGAGUGUUCCAUCAUUUUCCCCACAAUCAUUUAUACGCUCUGAAAAGUGGUUGGAAGUCUCUUUUGAAGAAACUAACGCAGUGCGAAAUCACAAUUGACGAAUUUGCUCACUGCGCUUUCUCAAACGCGCAGAGAUUCAUCGCACAUCUAAUUCUGGGUUACAAAGAUUGCUAUAAUAUAAGUGAUAACGGUGAUUCAACAGACAGUGAGAAGAAAGGAAAUGAGCUUGAUUUUGAAGAUGGAGUGAAAUUUGAUCGUGAUAAAUUCAUAGCCUCAUCUUGUGUUUCUUCUUCGAAUCAGUCUAGUAGUGUUCUGAAACAAGUUGGAGCUCCUUCAGACUAUAGAAAGCUGCUAACUGAAUGCCAAUACUUUGAACAGUUCAUCGACGCCAACAGAAGAAUUCUCCGAUCUUCAUCAGGCAGACAGAAGAGUGAAAACGAGCAUUACAAGCAGUUCGAUCUAGUUUAUAACUGGGUGCUGAGAACUGAGUCAGAAAAGCGAAACCCUGCGGCUAAACUAGGAGACAACUUCCACUUCAAAGUCGACACUGCAUACUCAAAGCUAACUGAUCAAACAAGCAGAUUUCAAAAUGAAGUGAAAAGUCGAUCCAAUAUGGUGAGGAAGUCUGUGAAGAACAAGCUCUCAGAAGGAGCGAAAGGAGCUUCCAUAUUCUAUGUUUCUCCGCCAACUUUGAUAUCGCACCUUCGUCACUCUGAUGCCGAAUUCAAACUUCCCGCGGCACCUGUCAACGAAAGAACAAUGAAAUCAAAUGAAAGCAACACAGAUAUCGGACAAUGCAAAUCCAUGUUUUAUGUCAGCGCAAUUCCAGAAAAUCAUGUCACCCCGGCUGGUAGUAUAAUGGCAUCAUCAUCCUCACAUACUUUACCUCAUCCUGAUGUAAAUAACAAACGUCGAAGCGAGGAACUUGACUUGUCAUCCAUUGGCAAUCGUACUAGACCUGCUAUGUCUUUAAGUUUCUCCUCUCCUCAGACUCGUGUACCGGUUUCACAAAGUGAAAAACCAAACGAUAUAAGCGAGCAAGAAGAAUCUAUUAAUUUAAUGGAUUUCGACAGUCCAGUUCCUGGUAAUCCAUUUGGAAAUUCUCACUCCUCGGAAAAAUGGAAUCACCUUCGUGAAUUUGACCUUAUUUCUGAUUCAAAUCCCUUUGAACAUACUGUCAUUGCAAAUGAGGAACCCGAAGAACCAUUCGAAGAUGACCUUACAGAAGUAUUUAUUGCGUGGGACAAACAGAAAAAUGAAAGAUUCUCGGACAAUUUUGGAGAUCUUGAUUUCUCCGCGAAUAAUGCUGGUCCUUCUAUAAAACAGUGCUCGUCGAAUGGAGCACCACUGCCACCAGUUUUUGUAGAAAAUCGAGUUAAAGAAAAUAGUUACAAAUUUAGUAGUAAUAAUCCGUUUGGCAUGUGAAUGUGAAGCUGCUAGACAGUUUUGUGAUCAAGUUUGUAAUCAGUGUAAAUACAUCGAAUUUGGUUUGUGAGU